AUGAAGUUAGUGACUGCGAAUUUUUUAACUUGCGCCGUCAAGGGGUGCAAGACGUCGUCAGCGUCAUUUCCUCUCCACUUCCAUGAAGCUGAGCUUGAACUUGAGGAGCUUGACUUCCAACCGGAAUUCAUACGCAAUAUUAUUCCUCGCGUUGACUGGGAUGGACUGCGGGUGACUGCGAAUGAGCUUGGAUUCUCCAAUCUUCCCGAGAGAAAGCCCGAAGGGGACGCCCUCAAUGACGAGCAGACAUUGAAGGAUCUGCAUCGGUUGCUACUCGAGACACAUGUUAUUGAGGGAAAGUUGGUGUGCGGGAAUUGCGGUCAUGAAUAUAUGAUCAAAGAGGGAAUUGCGAACUUCCUCCUGCCAAGUCACUUGGGUCUGGGAUUCCCUGACCUCAUCUAUGUGAUCGCUUGCUAA